AUUGCGGUUCAGUUUUGUUGAAAAUACAAAUUUACUCCCAAUCUAGAUACCUAAUCCUACACUAUUUUUACGACGACCUCAACCUGACACGAACGUACAAAUGGAUCGAUCGAAGUCGUUAGGUCGAAAAUAAAAUAGCGGUGAAAAAACAUCGAAAUCGCAUUCGCUUCUCACAAAGUUGGGCACGGAAAAAGAAGAAGGAUGGUAGUCGCCAAGACGCACACGGCCACUCGCAUCUAGAUGCGACAGAACCUCUCCCCCUUUUUUUUUUCUUCGAGCCCAAAGAAAAAUCCACAUCGUGAAGAUCUUCCGGAUUGGCCGUCUGUUGCAUCACGAUGCAUUACAUCCGUCUCCUACGUCCAGCUAAAUUUGAUGCGUCAGACCGCAGGAGACCACUUGUCUCGCUCCUCGUUACCGUUACCACGGAUCUGGGCGACUCCUUCCUGUACACGAACGAGCCCGUAGACCUGGUUGUGUCUGCUGAUGACGCGGUGGGGACCUCGAUCCUGUCACACGAGUCGGAGGGCCAGCCGUAUCGAUGGACGGCGGGUAUGCGGGUUCUUGAUAUCAAAGUCCCCGUUAAGUCGCAUUUGAAGAAGGGCGAUGUCACGUGUACCAUCAAUAUACAACAGGUUACGCGGCCUAAGUCGUUCGGGGCUUUGAGAAGUGACUUUGUACUUCCGUGGGGUAUUCGUAAAGGCUCGACGGCGGUUGAUGGGCUCAUAAUGCCGGUUUCUGUGCACUUGGUGGCCGGUGUCUGCGAACCCGUUUCCGUGCGACCGCUCCAAUUAAAUACCGGGUAUUUACCUAGUGAUCAGCUAAACGUCGAACUCGAGGAAGAUAUUGGUGAGAGUAUCGCUCGCCAUAUAUGGGAUGCUGGCGUAGUAACGGCUUGUUUCCUAGCCGGCGCCUGUAAAAUUGAAUACAUCCGUAACGCUCUACCCAUAAGCAAAGAUACGUUUAAUGUCUUGGAGCUUGGCAGCGGUGUCGGUAUCCUUGGAAUCACCUUGGCACGCAUUAUCGAGAGGGCCGCUGCGAUUCAGGGUAAGACGCUUAGCGAAGCCACUAUAUUGCUGACGGACCUUGAAGAGGCCGAAGAGCGUGCUCGGUCGAAUAUCGCUAGAACUGAAGCAACGCUCUCCUGCGAUGACGGUGAUGGAUCCGUAGUGACUCUUCAAUAUGAGAACCUAGACUGGGAUGAAGGGAAACACGGCCGAUUUGGCCCACUUGUCUCUGCCCGUCCGUGGGAUCUAGUUAUUCUCAGCGAUUGCACGUAUAACGUCGACUCCUUGCCGGCUCUUAUUGGAACGCUGAGUGCUCUUCACACGUCAAAUCUUAAUCAUAUGGAUGCCGAGAAAGAUGCAAAAACUUCGGUUAUGCUGGCGACGAAACCUCGCCACUCGUCUGAGCAAGCUUUGUUUGGAUUACUAGACGCUGAUGGAUGGCGAUAUAGUGUCCUUAGAAGUAUUCCGCUACCGAAGCUCGGCGAAGAGGGUGAGGUUGUUGAUAUCUAUUCUUUAGAGAAGGGCGCACCGUAAUGGUUUGUAUGAGCCUGUUAUGGAUUUCCUUACGCUCUUUCAAUGGCUUCUUAGCCAGUGCCACUCGCUAGGAUCGAACAUUUUGGCUAUUUAGCUUGUGGUGUUUCGGGCUAGCAGAUCGACACUUGGGGGAUCAGACGGAGAUCAUGCUCUGGGCAUUGUGUACGCCCAGAUUCC